AUGCCGCCAAAGAGGAAAGCCGUAUCAAGUGUGCGAGGUUCUACCAAAUCGAAUAAAGACUCUGCUGCCUCUACACCAGGACCUGCAACUCCUCGCAGUAAUGUUGGCAGUGAUGAGGAGUAUCAUCAAGACGGGACCAUAGAUGAUCUUGACUCUCAAGGUUUAGAAGCUACGGAGGAGGAGAAAGCAAACAUCAAAAGCACAAUAAACAAAUUCUCGGUGGGAAGUUACAUGUCCAGUCAGAACAUCAAAUGUAUUAAGGAUUCUGCCAGUCAUCAUUUUGGCAAAAAUGACUUCUCAUACCUAUCAUUGAAACCCGAUCACGCAAAUAGACCGUUGUGGAUAGAUCCGCAGAAGGCGCGCAUUAUUUUGGAAAGUUUCUCGCCACUGGCAGCGCAUGCCCAAGACUUUUUGACUACGAUAGCAGAGCCCAAGUCGCGACCGACCUUCUUACACGAAUAUGCUUUGACGCCUCACAGUUUGUAUGCCGCUGUAUCAGUUGGCUUGGACCCAAAUGAUAUCAUUAAUGUUCUUGAUCGACUUUCGAAAAUGCCCGUACCUGAUAAUAUUAGAUCUUUCAUUACCGGCUGUACUAAGAACUAUGGCAAAGUCAAGCUGGUCCUCAAGGAUACAAAGCAUUACGUCGAAAGUGCAGAUCCAGAGCUGCUGCAAAGCCUCCUUAAAGAUCCAGUGAUAGGUCCGAUCAGAGUUCACGGAACGACCGAAAUUACCACAGGCCUAGCACCGAAAUUAGGUGGCUUGGUCAUUCCGGGGACGAAAAACGCAGCUGGAGUACAGCAGGCUACGGAUAGACAUCAGGGCGCAACAGAUAGACCACAAGAAGGACAGGAUCCAACACAGGAUCCAACACAGGAGGAUAUCUAUGCGAAGCUCAACGAAGAGGACGAUGAUGAAGACGAAGAAGAGGCGGUGCAUUCUUUUCAAAUUGCCGAUAAUGGGAAAGAAGCUGUACAGAAGCGAUGUCUGGAGCUUACAUUGCCUGUACUCGAAGAAUAUGAUUUCCGUAACGAUACCAUCAACCCAAAUCUCGAAAUUGAUUUGAGACCUAGCGCCCAAAUUCGACAUUACCAGGAAAAAAGUUUGAGUAAGAUGUUUGGUAACGGCCGAGCUAAGAGUGGUAUUAUCGUGUUGCCUUGUGGUGCUGGAAAAACUUUAGUUGGUAUCACCGCGGCUUGCACAAUUAAAAAGGGUGUCAUCGUGCUCUGCACGAGUUCUAUGUCCGUUGUUCAAUGGCGACAGGAGUUCUUGAAGUGGUCAAAUAUCAAUCCAGCCGAUAUUGCAGUAUUUACUUCGGAUCACAAAGAGAAGUUCACGAGGAGUACUGGUAUCAUUGUAACGACAUAUUCUAUGAUUACACAGACACGUGCACGAGCUUUUGAUGCUCAAAAAAUGAUGGAUUUCUUGACGAACAGAGAAUGGGGAUUGAUGCUUCUAGAUGAGGUGCAUGUUGUCCCCGCCAACAUCUUUCGAAAAGUGACACAGUCAAUCAAAACCCAUGCAAAAUUAGGUUUGACGGCCACACUACUUCGUGAAGAUGAUAAGAUCGAUGAUUUGAACUUUUUGAUUGGUCCGAAGUUGUACGAAGCCAACUGGAUGGAACUCGCUGCGCAAGGUCAUAUUGCGAGGGUCCAAUGUGCAGAAGUUUGGUGCCCGAUGACUACUGAAUUUCACUCGGAGUAUUUGAAAGCAUCCAAGCGAAAGCAGGGCUUGAUAUCUACAAUGAAUCCUCGGAAGUUCCAGGCUUGUCAAUUUCUGAUAGACUACCAUGAGAAGCGUGGCGACAAGAUCAUCGUGUUUUCUGACAAUGUCUUCGCUUUGCACGUCUAUGCUCAAAGAUUAGGAAAAGUUUUCAUUUUUGGCGGCACAGUUCAGACCGAACGUCUUCGAAUUCUUGAGAAUUUCCAACACAACCCCAAUAUCAAUACACUCUUUCUUUCAAAGAUUGGUGACACUUCUCUCGAUUUACCUGAAGCAACUUGCCUUAUCCAAAUCUCCUCUCACUUUGGUUCUCGUCGACAAGAAGCUCAAAGACUGGGCAGAAUUCUCAGAGCGAAACGUAGAAACGAUGAAGGUUUCAAUGCAUUCUUCUAUUCUCUAGUCUCCAAAGAUACCAAAGAGAUGUACUAUUCGUCAAAACGUCAAGCAUUCCUUGUUGACCAGGGAUAUGCGUUUAAGGCUAUCACUCAUCUCCAAGGCAUAGAGGGUCUUCCUGGUCUUGCAUACAACACACUCCCCGAACAAAGAGCACUAUUAGAGAAGGUUUUGAUCCAUAAUAUGGAUGAGGCAAAGUAUCAGGAAGAACCUAACGAUGACUUGUUUCACCGAAACGACGAUAAAUCCCGUAAAAAGAAGUCAAACGCAAGAAGGACUGCAGGUAAACUUGCUGAUUUGGCUGGUGGGCAGGAUAUGGCGUAUGUCGAGCAAAACAGGAGCAGAAACAAGGACUUGAAGAAGAAUAAAGCAGAGAGCAACACUUUCUUCAAGAAGUUGGCGAGGGAUCAGGCGAAGAAAAAGCUUGCAGAGUAG